AAAUAUAAUAAUAAUAACAACAAUAUUCAUUUUAAUCACAUUAAAAAUAGUGCAACAGAAAAGCCGUUUGCUUCCUUCCUAGCAGUGAACGCAUGAAAAAGAGAUAAAUUAUAAAAAUAAAACAUGGAAAAUAAUUGUUCUUGUCCUGAUCUUAACAAUUACUUUUGCUCGAAUAAAGGUGUAUAUUUGCCAUUAAUCAACGAAUUCUCAUGGUCACGUGAAACCAGAGCUUGCUUAUACAUCGUAGGACUUAUUUAUUGUUUUUUGGGUGUUACAAUUAUCGCAGACAUUUUUAUGUGUUCGAUCGAAACGAUUACAAGCAAAACCAAGAGAGUUGUGUUAGCGACUGAAAAUGCUAAUAAACCAGAAGUUUUAGAAAUCAAAAUAUGGAAUGAUACUGUAGCUAAUUUAACGUUAAUGGCUUUAGGAUCAAGUGCUCCCGAAAUUUUAUUAGCCAUUGUAGAGAUAAUAGGAAACAAAUUUAAAGCUGGAGAUUUGGGACCAGGUACAAUAGUCGGUUCGGCAGCAUUUAAUCUGCUUAUUAUUACAGCAGUUUGCAUCACUUCUAUACCAACGGGAGAAUCUAGACGAAUUCGUAUGAUUAGUGUAUUCAUAGUUACAGCCUUCUUUAGCAUAUUUGCGUAUAUUUGGUUAUUACUUGUUCUUAUGGUCAUUAGUCCCGGGAUUGUAGAAGUCUGGGAAGCUGAGAUCACAUUUUUAUUCUUCCCUACGUUAGUUAUUCUAGCCUAUUGCGCAGACAAAUAUUUUCAAUCUCAUCAUAAAUUAGAAGAGAGUCAAUUCGCAAUAGAAUCUUCAAGAACUAUAUUGUUAAAGACGUAUUUUCCUCGGGGCCAUUUGAAUAAAGAAAAUUUAACUAGUUUUAUUAAGGAAAUUAGAAAAUAUCCUGGUUUAUCCGACGAAGAUGCUGCUUGUUUGGCUGCAUUACGAUUGGUAGAGGAAAGAGAGCAUUCACGAAUGUGGUAUAGAGUAGGUGCAAUUAGAAAUAUAACAGGUGGUAAAAAACCCAAGCCUACGCUGAACGAUAAAUUAAAAGAGGUGUAUGAUGCUAUCCAAGAUGAAGAAGUGGGAAAACAGUUGCAAACUGUGGCAAAAGGAGAGAGAGAUGAUGUUGCCAUUAUAGAAUUUUCUGCAGCAUCUUGUGCCAUUAUGGAGAAUGCUGGACAUGUUACUGUUACUAUUCUUCGUCACGGAAAAAUAGAUAACGGAGUAUCUUGCAUAUUUGAAACAAUAGAUGGGACUGCAAUAGCGGGAGAAGAUUACAUAGAAAAGAAAGAAUUGGUAGUUUUCAAAUCAAAUGAAACAGAGAAGAAUGUUUUUGUAGAGAUAAUUGAUGAUAAUCAAUGGGAACCAGACGAAACUUUCUUCUUAAAAUUAAGUUUGUGCGAAGAAAAAAUCGAAGAUGUUGCUUUAGGAAGAACUUGUAUCAUGGAAAUUAUUAUUUUGAAUGAUGACACUCCCGGCAUUUUAGAAUUUAAACAAAGAGGUAUUAUUGUGAAGGAGAAUGCUGGCACUGUUUUAAUACCUGUUGUAAGAAAACAUGGCGCGGAUGGCGAUGUCUCUUGUAAAUGGAGAACAAUUAAUAAAUCUGCUUUCAAUGAAAAAGAUUUUACUGGAGGACGUGGAAAACUUGUUUUUCAACACGCAGAAGUGGAGAAAAAUAUCGAAAUUUCUAUUAUAGACGACUUUGAAGCAAAAAAAGAUAAACAAUUUGAAAUUGUACUUUACAAACCGAAAAGAGGAGCUGUAAUUGGCCAAAUUAAUAGAACAAUAAUUACCAUAACCAAUGAUGAUGAAUUUCAGAAUGUUGUUCAGAAACUAAUGAGGUUAACUAAUACGAAUUUACAUUCUCUUCAACUGCAAUCAGAAACGUGGAUUGAACAACUCAAAGAUGCUAUGAAUGUUAAUGGAGGAGAUUUAGAAAAUGCAAUUCUGAUUGAUUAUAUUUUACAUUUUGUCACUUUUGGCUGGAAAGUUAUAUUUGCUCUCGUUCCUCCAACAUCUAUACUUGGAGGAUGGUUAACAUUUUUUGUAUCUUUGCUUGCUAUUGGAAUAUUAACAGCGAUUAUUGGAGACAUGGCAUCUAUUUUUGGCUGCUUAGUUGGAUUGCCUGACACUAUAACGGCUAUUACAUUUGUGGCUCUCGGAACAUCACUACCAGAUUUAUUUGCAUCAAGAGCUGCAGCCGUGCAGGAAAGAUAUGCUGAUAACGCUAUUGGUAAUAUUACUGGAAGCAAUUCAGUCAAUGUGUUUUUAGGAGUGGGACUUCCAUGGGUGAUUGCAUCUUUCUAUUGGACAUCACAAGGAAAGAAUUUUCAAGUGGAGGCUGGAACUUUGGGAUUUAGCGUUGGAAUUUAUUCAAUAAUUGCUUUCGUUUGCAUAAUUUUACUAUUGACAAGAAGAUGUAUAAAUAAAUGUGGGGGUGGAGAAUUAGGAGGACCAACUUGUUUAGCCAAUCUCUCUGCAAUUUUCAUAGUUCUUCUUUGGAUUAUAUAUAUAAUCUUAUCCUCACUUAAUGCUUAUGAUGUAUUUAAGAAAAAAACAAACGAAUUCUUGUAAAAUAAUUUUAAAAAAAUUUUAAUAAUGAUUUCUAAAUUCUUCGUAGAAUGAUAUAUAAUCUGAAAAAAAAUGUAAUGUGUGAAUUAUUUCGAUACAAAUAAGAUUAAACUAUCUUUAUGAGAAUUUAUAUGCAUACCAAAAAUAAACUAAAACAUUAAAUACGAAGAACUAUAUCU